AUGGUGAAGAUGCUAAUAUUUGUAAUCUGGGGGCAGCGUACAUCAUCAACUGUUAACUAUGACAAAAUCUUGGCUAAUGCGGUUACCAAGACCAACAUACUUGUUGUUGAAGGGUAUCUAUUUGAACUACCCGAUACUAUUAGAGCAAUAACAGAAGCAUGUCAGAAAGCUCGCAGUAACGGUGCCUUAGUUGCAGUAACAGCCUCAGAUGUCUCCUGCAUUGAGAGACACUAUGAUGAUUUCUGGGAAAUUAUUGGGAAUCAUGCGGAUUUAAUCUUCGCAAACAGUGAUGAGGCCAGAUCGCUCUGCAAUUUCGACGCAAAGGAAAGCUCUGCUUUGGUUACAAGGUAUCUGAGCCACUUUGUUCCGCUAGUAUCAGUAACUGACGGUCAUAGAGGCUCCUACAUCAGUCUAAUGGGUGAAGCCGUAUACAUUCCCCCAUUUCCAUGUGUUCCGGUAGAUACUUGUGCCGGAGAUGCAUAUGCGUGCGGCAUACUUUAUGGUGUUCUAAGAGGCAUAUCUGAUUUGAAAAGCAUAGGUUCAAUAGCAGCUAAGGUUGCAGCCACUGUUGUAGGUCAACAAGGAACAAGGCUUAGAGUCUCAGAUGCAGUGAAAUUGGCUGAAUCUUUCACAUUUCAUAGAUCUACUAUUGGAUCAGAUAUUGGCACUGAUCACAUUUCUAGUGUCUAA